AUGGGCAAGGAACCCGAGCCUAAGGAGGUACAUGCUGCUAAGGCAUUGAAGGAAGAAAAGGCUCAAGAAGAAGCUGGAGAAGCACUGUUGCACGCCCCAUUGGUGGCGCAAGAGACUGGAGUACAACACCCUCAGAAAUUGCAGGAGGAGACAAAGGAUGAGCAGUUCACUCAGUUCUUGGAAAUCUUCCAAAAGUUACAUAUCAAUAUUCCUUUUGCUGAGGUGUUGGAGAAGAUGCAUCUCUAUAUAGCCUAUUUGAAAAGUGCACUUUCUGAAAAGAAGGCCUUGAAGGGAGAUGAAUCUGUGAUCUUGACCAAGGAGUGCAGUGCACUGAUUCAGAGGAAGCUACCCAAGAAGAUGCCAGACCUCGGAAGCUUCCUGAUUCCCUGUACCAUUGGGACUAUUACAAGUGAGAAGUCGCUGCUCGACCUUAAAUCAAGCAUAAAUCUGACACCGCUCUCCGUGAUGAGGAAGCUGGAAAUUCAAGAGGCGCAACAUACAAAAAUAGCACUGGAGAUGGCUGACAAGUCUCGAAAGCAGGCAUAUGGGCUAUGGGAGAGCGUACUAGUCAAGGUUAGCAAAUUAUUCCUCCCAGUAGAUUUUGUGAUACUAGACAUGAAGGAGGAUACAGAGGACUCCAUUAUCCUAGGAAGGCCAUUCCUAGCCACUAGAAGAGCACUCAUUGAUGUAGAGAGAGGCAAAUUGAUGCUAAGGUUACAUGAGCACUGA